AUGGUCCCGGUGGACUGUUUCAUCAUGGUCCAGGUGGACUGUUUUAUCGUGGUCCCGGUAGACUGUUUUAUCAUGGUCCUGGUAGACUGUUUCAUCAUGGUCCUGGUAGACUGUUUCAUCAUGGUCCUGGUAGACUGUUUUAUCAUGGUCCUAGUAGACUGUUUUAUCAUGGUCCUGGUAGACUGUUUCAUCAUGGUCCUGGUAGUAUCAGGUAUGAAGGUGAACAACAAUGGCCUGGUUUCAUUCAUCAGAGAGGUGUCUCAGUUCACACCUGUAGCGUUUCCCAUCGCCGGAGACCGGAGGGUUGUGGCAGCGUUCUGGGCUGACGUGGACAACAGGCGGGCGGGACAGGUCUUCUACCGGGAGAGUAGAGACCCGUCUGUCCUCCUGAGGGCCACGGCUGACGUCAGACGACACUUCUCUGAGUUCCCAGAGUUCAGUGCGACGUGGAUCCUCAUCUCAACGUGGCUCAAAGUCACCUUCUUUGGAGGAAGUGACAUCACACCGGUGAAUACGUUCCAAGUGAUACUGAUCACCAACGGAGAGCUUUCCUUCACCAUCUUCCAGUAUCAUGACAUCAGCUGGACUACAGGCAUGCAUGCCAGCAGUGGAGGAGACCUGGCAGGGCUAGGGGGCAUCGCUGCACAGGCAGGUUUUAACGCUGGCGAUGGGAAACGUUACUUCAACAUCCCGGGGUCUCGUACUGAUGAUGUCGUGGAUGUGGAGGGAACCACCAAUGUGGGUUACCCCGGGAGAUGGGUGUUCCGUAUUGACAAUGCCCAGGUGGAGGUGGGCGGAUGCAACGACUCCGCGUCUGUGUGCCCUCACCUUCGACCCUGUCUGAACGGAGGUCGCUGUAUAGACGACUGCAUCACCGGAAACCCUUCCUUCACCUGCUCCUGUCUGGCUGGCUUCACAGGACCCCGGUGCCAGAUAGAUGUGGAGGAGUGUUCGUCCUUCCCCUGUCAGAACGGAGGUACCUGCUCAGACCAGGUUAACGGGUUCACCUGCCAGUGUCCACCUGGGUUUACAGGGACAGUCUGCCAAACAGAUGUGGAGGAGUGUUCGUCCUUCCCCUGUCAGAACGGAGGUACCUGCUCAGACCAGGUUAACGGGUUCACCUGCCAGUGUCCACCUGGGUUUACAGGGACAGUCUGCCAAACAGACAUUGACAAGUGCAAAGACGGAGCCUGCCUCAACGGUGCGCUGUGUGUACAAGGUGUCGACAACUUCACCUGUGUGUGUGAGAGAGGCUACACUGGGACUCUGUGUGAGACAGGUGAGUUAGCCGAGGGGGCUACCCAGGCUCUGUGUGAGACAGGUGAGUUAGCCGAGGGGGCUACCCAGGCUCUGUGUGAGACAGGUGAGUUAGCCGAGGGGGCUACCCAGGCUCUGUGUGAGACAGGUGAGAUAGCCGAGGGGGCUACCCAGGCUCUGUGUGAGACAGGUGAGUUAGCCGAGGGGGCUACCCAGGCUCUGUGUGAGACAGGUGAGAUAGCCGAGGGGGCUACCCAGGCUCUGUGUGAGACAGGUGAGAUAGCCGAGGGGGCUACCCAGUCUCUGUGUGAGACAGGUGAGAUAGCCGAGGGGGCUACCCAGUCUCUGUGUGAGACAGACAUGGAUCAGUGUGUUUCCCAGCCUUGUCUGAAUGGAGGGGAGUGUGAAGACCAGGUGAAUGGUUAUAUCUGCUCCUGUCCUGCUGCUUUCACCGGAACACACUGUGAGACAGGUGAGUUAGCCGAGGGGGCUACCCAGGCUCUGUGUGAGACAGGUGAGUUAGCCGAGGGGGCUACCCAGGCUCUGUGUGAGACAGGUGAGUUAGCCGAGGGGGCUACCCAGGCUCUGUGUGAGACAGGUGAGUUAGCCGAGGGGGCUACCCAGGCUCUGUGUGAGACAG